AGGAGAACAGAGCAAAGCCAGAAGGAGGGAUCUGGACUUCUAGUUAAUGGCAUCUCUCUUGCACUAUCCAGACAAACCUUCAGAUUGAAACCUGAAACUACAGAGGUGGCACGGUUCCCCAAUCAGUCACAUGCACUCUGCACUCCCUCUAACUCUGCUUCUUACAAACUGGUUUCAGUCACCCUUCCACCAGAGGGGAUUUCAGCAGAACAGACUUAUUCCACACUGAAUGAUCCUGAGGAGAAACCAUGCAUCCAGAAGCCUUAUAUCCCAUCAGUCUGUGCCUGGUGUUUUGCCUCAGCAGAAGCUUGGCCACACAUCUACCGCUUUACAGUCCUCUAGAGGGAAGUACGGAUGAGGAAGAGCUUAGUUACAUAAAUUCCUCUGUUUUUACCGGAGUCCACCCAACUGAAUACCAAACCACACCACCAGAACCAUCGCAAGAACAAAGAACCCUACCAACUGAGUUUGCAACCUUUUUGGAGGAGAACAUGCUCCUCAUCCUUGUUUCAACCAUACUCAUUUUUCUUACCUUCCUGAUUACCUGUGGAGCGUUUUUCAUGAGCCGCAGGCUCAAAGUUAAUUCCUACCACCCUUGCUCUUUUCCCUCAAAAAUGUACGUGGAUCAUCAGGACAAGACAGGAGGCACUAAGAUUUUUUGUGAAGUGCAAGGAAAAGUUGUGCCUGAACUAGAAUUGGAGGCAGUGGACUCUAACAAGCAGCUCCAGGAAGAAAUCCUGAGAGCUGCAAGCAGCCUGCGUACGCCAAAAAAAUGUGCUCCGGCUGCAGAAAGAAGCGAGGCCAAAGUGAACGCAGCAGACCAAAGUACUCAGGAUAACUUCAAACCAGAUUGUAGCAUCCUAGACAAGCAGCUACCGACUCUGCUUGAAGAGGAGCAGUGUGAGGUUUCUGACAACAGGGAAGAUGAGGAAGCAAGUAAGGAACAGCCAAAGGAACAGCAACUGAGAGAGGAUUCAGAAGAGCCCUUGACUGGAAGGAGUCUCCGGCCCUCUUCUCUGCACAUUCACAAUGAAACUGCUACGCUUCAGCUGAUCGCAGGAGAGAAAACUGCCUUCUAAUCACCUUCAGGGUUAAUGAGAACUGAAACAGAGAUGCAUAAGCUACAAGCCAGUGACAUCAAAAGUGCUUCUUUUUGUUAAGCAAACAUUUAAUAAAUUUGAUUUAGGAGUCUUCAAGUCUUAAACCAGAGUACUGAAAAGUUUCGGAAAGCAAUAAAACUAUGACUAGAAUGCCAGUGCAUUAUUAAAGCAACCAUAGCCUUGAAUCAAAAACCUUUAUCUGCUUUAUGGAGAUUUCUUGGAAAGAACUUAACAAAUUAAAAGUUUCUGUCAUUUUUUUUGUACGAAUAAAAAUGAGAAAAAUCCAAAAUGCUUUGUUUUCAGCAGCCCUUUAACAUUUUUUUUUAUUUGAUGCCAAAAGACAAAGGUCAAUAUACCAAUAAUUAAAAGAAAACUGACACUGGAUGACACCCUGAAACAUUCCCACAGUGAAACACGGUGGCGGCAGCUUCAUGCCACGCCCACGUAAGGAGGUCACAGUGGAUGGGUGGAUGGAAUACCUAAAAACAGGUCAGAAAGAAUAUAUGCUAAAGGAUUCAAGAAUUGAGACAGGAACCUGGUGGUCCAGCAUGAUGCUUUGGAGGUGCUUUUCUUCAGUGGGGAAAAAAAGCAGAACAGCUCAAAAUAUAAAGCUAGAGCGGAAGAGAGAUAUUCAAGAUCAAUCAUAUUUAUUUCUUAAAAUUCUCCAAAGUUAUGAACUUAUUUUAUGGACAAUCUGUUUCAUGACUUGAAAACUAAUGUCCAAACAUUCCCCAAUGUAAUAUGAAUUUCAGCUUGUCUACAAAAAAAAUAAUAUAAUUAGUCUCCAAAUAUACAAAAUGAUUGGAAAAAUACCUAAAAGAAACUGCAGUUAACUCUGCAUAAUUGAGCAGCUCUGAUCGGGCUCUAAUACUACAGCCGCCCAGAAGCAACGUAUUUAAACUCUGCUCACAAAUAUUGCUUUUAGGGGAAUCCGAUGGUGUCACAGCCAUUUAUACAGAUCUUGGACUAAGCUUAGAAAGCUCAUAGAAAUCAGAGCAAACAUUGCGAUUAGGAAUAUAUUAGUCAUUUAAUUUUGAUUUAAUAUUGCAGUCAUGUUUCCUAAGAUUGUAUAAACCCUUGUGUAAUCCCUCUGUAAAGUAUAUAUAUUUGUAUAUAUAUCUGCAUAUAACUAUAUAUCUUUUGACUUCUGAUAUAUUUUUACAAGAAUAA